CACCAUUCGAAGAUGAGCUCAAGCCGGGACCGUUUUUCAUGCGUAAUCGCCAGUCUUAUGGCCAUCUCCUCCAUCAUCAGUUGGACCCUGUUUGUAAACCACCUGGUCAAGACAGCCCAUGUCAGUCAAGGAGCAGACUACUGGGUUGAUCUUGCCCGACAUCAAACAUACAGCCUGUGUUAUAACGGCUGCAAUGACUGUCUUGAUGUCGAUCGCAUUGAAGGUGCCUGCCUCAUGACCAGGAAAGUUAACAUACCGGGGGUUGAUUGCGAUGCCAGCAAGAUUUGGACGUGGGCGGAUCGAUAUCCGUUGGAAUGUCUGGUGGCUGUUGGUAACAUAUACAAAGAUAAAGCACUUUGGUGGAAGAAGUUUUGGUUAGGAACGCUUUGGCUGCUGAACACUCUCUCAGUGGUUGUAUACAAGGUUGUGUAUGCAAUAUUGGACCCAAUUUUAGACAAAGCACAAUAUCGUCCCGUCCAACGGCCACGUCGAAAUAGCUCCACACCACUCCUCACCGCUUUCACGGUUUCUAUCCUGGCAGUCACAAUGCUCCCUUCUGUAUCAGCCUAUCGGUGCACGCAAAUGAGCCCGGCUUACGAUCAGCACUUCAUAAAUGCAGACGGAUCUCUCUACGGAGUGAUUCAUGGAUGGCUCUCGAAUUGCUACGAUGAAAGCUACUCAUGCGGAGAGUCAUGUUCUACAGCCAUAUCGGACGGAAGAAAAUCAUGCGAUCCGAUAUGGUGUUCUCUACCUCGUCUCGAUAAACCUACUUCCUAUUAUGUGGAUUCUGCUGCGCACCGCGUGAUGAGUUGCGGUUUUCAGCUCACUAAAACUAUUCCUGGACUAGUGGACAAGCGAAUUGCAAAUCCGAGGAUCGAGGGAAAGCUCUGGGUGAAAGUCUCAGUGAAUCAUUUCAACGGGUCCGAUGGUGUAUUCGAGCAGGUGCAAUGUCUUUACGAGAUGGUGGAACCGCCGUGACAUAAUAUAUCAAGAUUAUUCGGUCUGAACGCUACGUUUAAUAAGGAAUGGCGAAAAUAUUCUAGCGAAAUGCAUGAAGGGGAUUCCAGGCAUUAAACCUUCAAAGCGGGGGAGUCCUAAUGCAGCGCUCGUGUUGUACAGGAUUAUAUUGGAUCUCGCAUUUAUUUCUCCAGCCUCUAAAUAGAACUGCAGAAUUAAACAAGUCAAA